AUGUCCAGUAGGGCAAAAUCUCUCCCACCGUUUGGUGCCACAACGUUCCAGCGGGAACCUGUGAAGGAAAGACUGCUGCUGGUUGACUACGACAACUCAGAAUUCGGCACUAGAGCUUUUGACCUCGCCUACUACAUCAUUCACUUCUACGAGAAAUUCAACAAAGAUAUUAACAAAGACUCCUUGAACAUGUACUUGCAUGAGUACAACAGAAUCAGCGAAGUCCGCCAAUUUUCAAUCGAAGCAAGAGCUUCCGAUGUAAACCUCUACUCUCGAUCUGCUCUUCACGGUAAUUACUGCACGAUUGCGAUCAUUCUGCGCGCCGGGUCCCGAAAUACAGUCGAUAUUCCAAACGGCGUCGCUCACUUGGACGAGAAAAUGGCCAUUGGAGCGACUCUCGAUUCUUUUGCUUCGAGAACGCAAGUCAGAGAGUUUUUGGAGAUAAUCGGCGGAAUUAGCGACUCCCAGACUGACCAAGAAGGGCAAGUAAGCCGCUACAAAGCUGCUGCCGAUCCCAACGAAUCUUCGGAAGACGAUCUAAAGCUGCGGACGUGGCAAGACAAAGCAGAGGAGCUAGAACUGACAAAUGAACAUUUGGAGAAGAGGCUUGAGAAGAUCCGACAAGCGAGAAUGAAAAUUUGA